GGAUGGUUUUUGAGCUUCUUACCGUUCCAAGAAAUGCGCAAGCUCGCGCAAGGCCUGUGAUGACGUUCCGCGCAGUCUGCACGCCGUGUACUUGUUUGCUGAAGACAUGUCCGUCUAUAAUUGAACUUGUCGCCCUCUCACAGGCCGCUUGGCUUGCCAUCCUUAGCCCAUGAUAUCAGAUUGUUUCUCCUCGGAACUCCCUAGCCAACAGUUCAUCACCACGGGAUCACAGAUCUGCAAGCCCAGUCCCCUCCGUUUCCCCCACGACCUGCCGAGUUCCGGCCAAGCAACGGGCUGUCCGUCCCGCACCCGGCCAACACCAUGGCACCAACCCCAACCCUCCCACAAGCCGUCUCCCGCCUACUCGGCCGCCAAGAACCCACCACGACCGUCAUCAUCGACGCGGACCCGGCCAACAACGACGGCGCCUCAACCUCCAGCUCGAACCUCGACGGCGGCGCCAUCGCAGGCAUCGUCAUCGGCACGGUAGUCGGUAUCCUCCUACUCUGGUGGAUCAUCCGCGCGUGCACACAACCGCGCGACCUGCCCGACCCCGGCCGCCAGGGCUGGUACGACGACACCGUGCCGCCGCGGUCGAGGUCCCGGUCCACGGGCCGCCAUCACCACCACCACCACCACGGCCACCACUACACGUCGCACCGCAGCGGCAGCAGGCACCACAGCCGCAGGCGCUCGUCGACGCCGCGCCCCGUUAUGGUGGAGGAGCAUUAUGCCGGCGGCCCGGUGAGGCCGGCCGCGGCGUAUUAUGCUGCGCCGGCUGAGCGCCGGCGGUCGAGGAGUCGGUCGCAGGGGAGGUACUAUGUUAGUGGGUGAGGGGGUGGUGGGUGAAGAGGUGGAUGGGGGUUGGUAAUGUGUGAUGUGUCAUGAGCUGUGUUUUUGGUAUGAUGGAUGACUUGGAUGGAUACAUGAGGAGUUGUGGUUUGCUCCUUCCCUUGGGUGGUCUUUGUUGAAUCAGGGUGUUGGAAUGUCUGGGGAUGGUGCUCGCAGGGGCG